AUGCCUUUACACCUUCUAAAGUCACUUGUUGAAUCGUAUGAACGUGACGAAGGAAGCAUUUCUGAAAUUCUUGAGGGUUUACAUCAUCUUGCUUCUGCGAUGAGUGACUAUUUUAAACUUUUGCCUUCUAUGAUUGGAAAAGAUAUAGAAAAAAUGGAAGCAAUGUUAAUUUUAUAUGAAUCCUUUACAUUAUCUAAUAAAGAGCAAGUAAGAGCUACAAAAGAUUAUUAUAAUGCACCUAUGUUUAGUGAUGUUGCUGUUUUUAUGGACUCAGAACAAGAAUUCGAAACAUAUGAUGGAUACUGCUUCGCAAAG